GAAACUAGGAUCAAUUCUCCUAUUUCACUUAUCAAAGACGAAGGUUUCAUAUUUCCAGGAACCCUUCGUGCUUGUUAUUAAACUGUGAGCCACCAGUAACAGAACACUUUUGUUUGUCAAAUUCUAGGGAAUAACCAUUAUUUCUAUUUUCGCUCUCCGUAUAACAUCAAUUUUCAUGUAUGAAUUUUGUUUUGUUUGUAAGACACUAGUAAGACAGGUAAUAAACGCAAUUACAAAUGAAUAAUGAAAAUGAAACAUUAACGGUAUGAAUUAAUGGAGGUAUGAAACCUGAAGAAGGAGCACCAAGUAGAGAACCGAACAGUUGAGGGAUGAACUAGUGCUCAUCUUCAGUGUUUUAUUUUGAAAAUCUGCACAUGUCAACCAUUUACCUCGUACAGUGUAGUCGCCUAGGUUGAUGAAGACAUGCUUUCGUAGAUCUAGCUGCCAAUUAUCAUAACCACUGGUGAUCGAUCUAAUCUCAUUAUAGACGUGAAUAAUUCACUUCAAAGCCACCUCUUCUCAAAACAGUACGCCUUCGCAAAAUCGCAGCCCGAGCGGACCAGAUGCCUCAGGUGGGAGUCAUGGGAGAGACAGAGUUGGAGCGAGUGGCUGUGACCCCGUUUGUUCAUCAGGUCGGAGGUCACACAUGCGUGCUGCAGGUCACACCGAAUGUCAUCUGUAAGCCUUACCAGGAAAACGAGGCUCUGUUUUAUAUAAAUCUACCAGAGGGGCUACGAGGAUUUGUGCCGUUCUACAGAGGUGUGAUCAACAUUAGCUGUGAUAUCAGUAAUAGCUGCAUCAAAUUCUACGGGGAGGUUCCCAAAGGAUUGGCCAGCUCCAUACUGGAGACCUAUGAAGAAGAGGACACCUUGCCGGUGAUCGACAACGCCAUUCCGGACAGUGAUUGCAAGCAGGGUCUGAGGGAUUGGAGUGACCAGUGCGUGCGCAGACAGAUCGACCGCUACGGCUAUUGGAGUGAGGGGCGGUCUCAAAAGUUUAUAAUGUUGGAGAAUCUGGUCGCCCCUUAUCGUUUCCCUUGCGUCAUGGAUCUCAAAAUGGGGACCAGUCAUAGGUCACCUGACGCCUCGGAGGCCAAAAGGAGGAUGCUGGAGGAAAGAUGGAUGUCCACGACUUCCUCCUCCCUCGGAUUCCGGAUGUGUGGAAUUCAGGUUUAUAAAAAUAACAGCAAAAGUUACGUGUCCCAUGAUAAGUAUUACGGGCGGGGACUGGACAAGAGUGGAGUAAAGAAUGAAAUGUUGAACUUCUUCCAUGACGGGAUGUCCUUACGGAAAGACGUCAUUGCGUCCAUAGUGAUCAAAUUACGUCAGAUGCUUGCUGUCUUGGAAACGCAGUGUGCUUUUAAGCUUUUUUCGUGUUCGCUUUUGAUUCUCUAUGAAGGUGAUUCCGAUGUUACCAAUGACUCUAGAGAUGUUCCGAUUGCACCAUCUUUCGAUACUAAUGUCCCAUCGUCCAGCAACGACGUUAGACUAAUAGACUUUGCAAACGCAAUUGAAAUAUCAAGCUGUUCUAAAGAAGACUUGGCUUCUAAAGCAGGUAUUCGCUUUGGGAUACAAAGCCUGAUAGACCUAUUGGAAGAAAUUAUUUAAUUGACCACAAAUUACCGCCAUUCCUAUUUUUCAAUAUGGAUUUGCCGAUUUUUUUCGAUGGUGCGCAGAUAUUUUGUAACCAUGAUUCCAUAUUUUUAUAUUUUUUGUACUUUUUAUUACGAUUUAUAUACUGUCAACAGGGUUAAUAUUGGUUUGCCAUGUAUGUCCAUAAAAACGGGGUGCUGAAUGGUAAUAUUUCCAAUCUACCGCAUAACUCUUACUUAUCAUACACACAUGUGUUCACAGACGAGUCGAUGUAAUUAUAAAUAAAUAGUCGACUUGUGAUAUGUAGAGCGACUGCUUUUUGAAAUGAUCAGGAAUUAUAAUACUUUUUUUUCAUACUUAAGGGUAAAUUCUUUGCGUCUUCAAAACUCAUUGCGAUGACACGUCAUAAUAAUAUUCUUACGUCUGCUAUUUGUAACAUCAAAGACAACACAGGUUCUAUAACGAACAUACUGGAUCAGACGAUUAUAUUGACUGCGAUUGUUCAAGACUAAAAUUCGUAACACAGUUCUGUCUGUGAAUAUCGAGGUAACUUACCCAGGAACAUAUCUAAAAUUAUCACCAGGACCAAUUGCAAAAUACGGAAAUCCCUGACCAUUUAAUGAAUUAUAAUGACUCUAUAGUAGUAGAUUAUAUAUGUCUGUCUCUUAACUAACAUACUGAAUGUUUUUGGUUAAAUUUUACUUUUAAUACAAAUUAGUUUUAUAACGUCUCAUUCAGAAUGAGAAUUAUUUUUGUAGUACAUAUAAUAAUGUGUCUGGUAUAUGUAGAUUUAUUAUGAGCUAAAAAGAUGGGGUUUUGUUUAUCAAUUUUUUGUAACGGUGCUUAUAAAUCGAAAUUUAUUUUUGUCCUUAAGUUUGUGCUUGAAUAUCUUUGAUAUGCAAUUUAUAAAUCGAUUUCACAGUUCUAAUAUGAUUUUUAAGUAUUAUAAUAACAAGUAAUAGAUGAUAUUUAUGACGGGUAACCAUAACAAUGUAUAUAUACAGCUUGCAAUGUGUUACAAAUGUGGACACCUAUAUAAUAGCUUCAUUAAUCCGUUUGUUUAGAGCUUUCUAAAAAUGUUAGCAUAGUAUAACACUUCCCUGAUGAGGGAGAUAACUCCCAAAGUAUUUUUAAUUUCUAAACUACUACAUUUUGCAUUCAUUGUUGUCUUAUAUUGCCAAAAGAAUAAUAUUUUGGAGAUUAUUUUUUAAGGUAGCAAUUGAAAACCUUAACAUAAGUGUGUGAUUUCUGAAAUCGGGGGUUUGAGAUGGGACAAAUGAAGAGAUUGAACCUUUUUUCUUUACUUCGUAGAGCUAAAAAAUAAUACCUGUUUUAUCAAGUUAUUAACAGAAUGUAAUGUACGUAUUUAGUCUCUUGUUUUGAAAAACUUUUAGUGUUUCAAACUGAUACUAGCCUAGUGAAGCCCAUUCUAUAUCUUUCAGAAAUAUUUACAUGCAUAAUACGUUUAUCAUGCUUGCAUGAUUUUACUUGUAAGGUGAAUAUAUGUAGUGUGUUCCCCCGUUGCAUGCCAUUACCUUAGCCAUGCUUUACAAAUCUAUAAACCCACUCUGCGACAUUGUAAACAUCUAUGUGUGCUCUAAUAUUGCUCAGUUUUCUGUUCAUGUGAUGUAUGUAAUAUUUGUAUUGUUGUGCCUUAAACAAUGCCUCAUGAUUAAUUGACAUCAACCAAAUUAACUUGUUACUUGAUCACAAGUCGUCUGCCCCAACUGUCCAUUUUUGCAUGCACCAAAUAUGUACCUUCCGCUUUUAAAACUGGGAAAGGGGAUAUAUAAGGGGAUAAAACAAUAUCUAUUUUUUUUUCAAAACCAUCUAUUAUACGCUUUGAAAUGAUUGUUAUAUUUUUUUCGUGGUUAUUUUUGAAAAAUAAAAUGAUACGAAGGA